UGGGGGCCGUGUUGGGGAACAGCAGGGCAGGAAGGACAGUGCCAAGGCAGGGGGAGCCCGAGGGCACCAGCCAAGUGUCUUUUGCCACCCUGUGCCCUUCGAUGAGCAGGAGGGCCCCCUCUGAGUGAUCUCCUGCCAGAGGGCCCCGCCGCUGGGGGAGCACUCGGAGUCUGCUGGAAUUAGGAGCUGCCGCCGCUGACCCUCUCCCCACCCACCCCCCACAGCCUUCCAAGGCCUCAGGGUCCUCCCUCCCCUCCAGGGUGGUAAGCUGGAUAACUCUGUGCUCCUGUCUCCCUCCCCCUUCCCUGCUCCCACCCCCAUUUUGCUCCCCCCCAGGAAAGGUUUGCUGCCCAUGAAGGGAUGAGGCCCAUGCGGGCCGUCUUCACACGCCAAGGCCACAUCUUCACCACGGGAUUUACCCGCAUGAGCCAGCGUGAGCUGGGCCUGUGGGACCCGAACAACUUUGAGGAACCCAUGGCCCUCCAGGAGAUGGACACCAGCAAUGGGGUCCUGCUUCCCUUCUAUGACCCCGACUCCGGCAUAGUCUACUUGUGUGGCAAGGGAGACAGCAGCAUCCGGUACUUUGAGAUCACAGACGAACCCCCCUUUGUCCACUACCUGAACACCUUCAGCAGCAAGGAGCCCCAGCGAGGCAUGGGUUUCAUGCCCAAGAGGGGCCUGGAUGUCAGCAAGUGUGAAAUUGCCAGAUUCUACAAGCUGCAUGAAAGGAAAUGCGAGCCCAUCAUCAUGACUGUACCCCGAAAGUCAGACCUGUUCCAGGAUGAUCUGUACCCUGACACGCCAGGCCCUGAGCCAGCCCUGGAGGCAGAUGAAUGGUUGGCGGGCCAGGAUGCAGACCCCAUACUGAUCUCCCUGAGGGACGGCUAUGUGCCCCCCAAGAGCCGAGAACUUCGGGUCACCAAGCGCAACAUCCUGGAUGUCCGGCCGCCAGCCAGCCCUCGCCGCAGCCAGUCGGCCAGUGAUGCCUCCUUCUCGCAGCAGCAGCAGCAGCAGACCCUGGAGACGUUGCUGGAGGAAAUGAAGUCCCUCCGGGAGAGGGUCCAAGCUCAGGAAGAGCGCAUCACAGCCUUGGAGAACAUGCUUUGCGAAUUUGUUGAUGGCACUGAUUAGCACUGCCCCCACCCCAGUCCCCAUCUCCUGCUCCCACCUCCCUUCUUCUGACCCCAGGAUGGGAGGGGAGAGCCUGGGCUAGGGGUGGGCUGGCCAUGAACUCAACCCAGGGGACAAUACCCAACAGAGAAGAUGGAGACUAAAACUCUGUCCCCAACUAGAAAGUGGGGUUUCAUCUCUGAGAGAGGAGCUCAACCCCUCUCAGUGGGUCAUCAGCCCCCAACUUUGUGUGUCCAGAGAGGGGGGUUGAGGGACGUGGUUAGCAUUCACUCAUUCAAUGGGCAUUUAAUAAACUCCAACGUGUGCAGAGCAGAAAAGACAAAAAUGAAACCAUCCCUGCCCUCCAAGAACUUCCGUUGUUCUGGGGAAGACCCGGGAUAUGGACUGAGGGCAGAAGAAGGUUGUGGGGGCCUGUAGGGUCGAGAGUGGAAUUUUUAAGCAAACCUCUAUGGCAUAGGCAGGGCAGGGAAGACAAGGGAUCAGGGCACCCCUCUGGGGAACAGGGUGGUUAGUGGUGAAUGGCCCCUCCUGCCCUAGGCGCUCUCCUUCCUUUCUCUCCCCAGCUACCACAGGGAUUUGAGGGUUUGGACCCUCAGGGUAGAGACCUGCGUGGUGAGAGACUUCUCAUUAGCCCAGCCCUGGGGGUAUGCUUUACCCCAAAGUUAGCAUAGGAAGUUAAAGAGGGCAGAGACUUUCUACUCCAUCACAGAAGGGAGUGAGGGAUUGUGGGAGGGUUCCCUCCCACAUUUGGAGAAAUGCCACAUUUGGCAUUUGGAGAAAACUCCACGGGAAAGGGCCAAAUAGAUACCAACCAUCUCCUCUUCCAUCUCUCUCACCCCACCCAUCUCCCCAAGAGCAUUUAGCUUCUGUCCCGGUGUGUGAAGGCUGUCCCCCACUACCCUCCUUACGGGCCAGGUGGGAAGGUUUGGCUUGGAAUGAAGCAGAUUUUCCACACUCUCCCUUGUUCCUCUUUGUGCCUGUUCCCUAUCAUGGGUUCUGCUCUUUAAAAAGGAGAUUGUGGAGGAUUGAAGAAUUAAAUAUUUUAUUAAAUAUUCAA